CCGGGGCGCAGGACGAGCCGCACCCCCGGCCUUCCCCGGCGGGACAGCGGAGAGCGUGCCUCGGCAUCCCAGCAGGCAAGCGAACGGCUGCAGCUGCGUCCGGCCCGCGCGGGAGGUGCGGCCGGCUGCGGGCGGCCCUGGUUCCAGGCUCCUCCUCCUGCCGAUCCAGCCUUUUCCCACCCAGCCUCCACCCCUCCUCGGCUCGGCGCUGCAAAUCCUAGGCUUCCCUGGGAGCGGCGGCGGGAGCAGCGAAGGCUGUCGGAGGAGCGCAGCCGGCCGUCCGCACGGAUCACCCGGGUAGCAGCGGCGACAGCGCUAGCUUAGCUCCGGAGGUGCCGCGGGGCCCAGCGCGCCCCUGCGAGGCUAGGAGGCGGGGGCUGCAGCUGAGCAAGGGGGAAGAAAGUGAGCGUGUGUGCGUUGUGUGCGUGCGAGAGUGUAGGGGGCGACAGGCUCGAAUUAGGGCAGCAGAGAGGGCAGGGGAACCGGGGUGCGGCUCCCCAGUGUCUCCCCCAGCGGCACCCGCUUCCCGGCGCCCCUCACCAUGGACCUGAGCGGAGUCGGGAUGUACCUUGGCCGCAGCGCGCGGGUGGCUGCCCGGCCCUGGGGGUGCGCGGGCGCGCGCGCGGAGAUGGCGAGGUAGGAUGGCCGUCCAGCGCGACCCCUGCCGCCCCAACCCAGCGGCCCCUGGGCGGUGCAGCUGACUCGCUGGAGCGCACAGGGGUGUGGGCGGAGGCGGCCCCGCAGCGCCCGCGUCUUCGGGAGUCGCUUUGCCUUUUCCACCCACUCGCACCUGCCACCGCGCGGAUACCAUGUCGAAAGCGGCUGGAGGCGCAUCGGCGGCGGAAAGUUGUCCUCCAACCUCUGCCGGCCAGUCUGCGGCCGCCGCCGUGGAGGACCUGUCCAAAGUGUCGGACGAGGAGCUGCUGCAGUGGAGCAAGGAGGAGCUGAUCCGCUGCCUGCGGCGCGCUGAGGCCGAGAAGGUGAGCGCGAUGCUGGACCACAGCAACCUCAUCCGGGAGGUCAACCGCCGCCUGCAGCUGCACCUCGGCGAGAUUCGCGGGCUCAAGGAUAUUAACCAGAAACUCCAGGAGGACAACCAGGAACUGAGGGACCUCUGCUGUUUCCUGGAUGAUGACCGGCAGAAGGGCAAGAGGGUGUCCCGGGAGUGGCAGAGACUGGGCCGGUACACGGCGGGGGUGAUGCACAAGGAGGUGGCCUUAUACCUGCAGAAGCUGAAGGAGCUGGAGGUGAAGCAGGAGGAGGUGGUGAAGGAGAACAUGGAGCUCAAGGAGUUGUGUGUGCUGCUGGACGAGGAGAAGGGCACGGGCUGCGCGGGCAGCCGCUGCUCCAUCGACAGCCAGGCCAGCCUGUGCCAGCUCUCCGCCGCCACGGCACCCUACGUGCGGGACGUGGGCGACGGCAGCAGCACUUCCAGCACGGGCAGCACUGACAGCCCGGACCACAAGCACCACGCGGGCGGCGGCAGCCCCGAGCACCUGCAGAAAGCCAGGCCGGAGGGCAGCCCGGAGCACGCCAAGCACGGGAGCGCCAGCCCGGAGCAUCUGCAGAAAGCCAGGGCCUCCGGGACCCCAGAUCACCCCAAAGCGCUCAAAGGCCCCAGCCCCGAGCACCACAAACCCUUGUGCAAGGGCAGUCCAGAACAGCAGAGGCACCCACACGCAGGGAACAGCCCGGAAACGCUGCCCAAGCACGUGCUGAGCGGGAGCCCCGAACACUUCCAGAAGCACAGGCCCGGGGGCAGCCCCGAGCACCCCAGGCACAGCGGAGGAAGCCCCGAGCAUCUGCAGAAACACGCCCUUGGUGGGAGCCUGGAGCACCUCCCCAGGGUCAGGGGCACCAGCCCCGAGCACCUCAAACAGCAUUUCGGGGGGAGCCCUGAUCACAAACACGUGGGUGGAGGCGGCGGCAGCGGCGGCAGCGGCAGCAGCAGCAGGGAGGGCACCCUCCGAAGGCAGGCCCAAGAGGAUGUGUCAGCCCAUCACCGGAAUGUCUACAGUGGCAUGAACGAAUCAACCUUGUCCUAUGUUAGGCAGCUGGAGGCAAGAGUAAGACAGCUGGAGGAAGAAAAUCGCAUGCUGCCCCAGGCCACCCAGAAUAGAAGGCAACCUCCAACUAGAAACAGCUCAAAUAUGGAGAAAGGCUGGGGGCCCAGAGCCCGGCGGGUCUUGCAGUGGUGGCAAGGGUGCCGAGGAAUAGGACGAUGCCUGCCCACUCUCCCGGGUUCUUUUAGGUUGUCAUCAGGGGCUGAUGGGAGUAACAGUUCACCCAACUCUCCAGCUAGCUUCAGUGGACAUACCACACCUUCUCAGCAGCCUGAACCUGUGGUACACUCUCUUAAGGUCUUGGAUGUUCAGGAAACUAUAGAUCGUCAACAGGGUAAAGAGUAUGAACAUGACCUUAGUGAGACAGAAAAAGCUAUAGUCAGAGAAAUGUGCAAUGUUGUAUGGAGGAAACUUGGAGAUGCUGCAGGUUCGUGUCCUGGAAUUAGGCAACAUUUGUCUGGAAACCAGUACAAGGGACCCAUGUGAGACGCACUCUCUUUCAAACAUGACAUCACCACUGCAAGAGAGAUAAGAGAGGAAAGAGUGGAUUUCCACAAACCUGGAGUAAUUGUACAUUGCACAUAUUUUCCCUCGAAAAACUUUAGUAUGGCUGAAGUUGUAUUUUUUGUCUCUCACUUUGAUGUUCACUACAGUCCAUCUUAAACAAGGUAGCUUUGAAAAUCACCAUUUUGGUACCAAUAUUUUCAUUAGAACUAAAAUGUUUUUGACUCUUCAGAUCUAAAAUUGUAAUGGGGAAACCUGCAUGAUUGGAAGAGUCCAGUAGAGCCUCAGUGGUUUUGAUAGAAUCGAAUCAUAGCAUAUCAUGGUGGGAGUGUUCCACCAUGUUGUUGAAGAUAACAAGUGGUUUCCAGCUUCCCAAGUUGGAGAGUUGGUAACCUAUUAUAUUUUAGUCAAUAAAAUACUAGUUCCUGAUGCAUAAUUAAUUUGGAUGCAAGAUAAGGUUAGGUUUCUUGGAUUUUGUUUUGACUUUUGAGGUACUAAAAUACCACAUCAGUUUUCCUUACCAGCUAGAAGGGUAGCAGGACUUUGUCGAGUGCAUUAUCAGAGUGCCAUUUACUUAAAUUAAUCAAAGUAAAUAUAUCUUUUCUUUCAUCUUAAUGUAUUAUUCAUGAAGACACAUCUUGGGGACAUAUCAACCUCCAUCUUCAGUGUAUUCAUUAAUGUUAAUAUUAACAAUUUCAAUUAAAGAACAAGCAAACAAUUUUUCUAAGUGUUUCCAGCUGUGAGAUGUCAAUUUCUACAAUUUAGUUUCUAGACAUGCUGUUAUAUUUAAUAAACUUUCUGUAAACUUUAAAAUAUUGCACUGCAUUUAUGAAAAAAGCUUUCUUAGCCUACAGCAGCUAUCUUAACGUUUUAUGAAACUGACGCAUGUCCUUCAUUAUUGAAGCUAAAAGCUCUCGUUCAGAUUGCUUGAGAUUUGAAAAGAGGUGUGCUAGCUUUAGUUUUUCCUUAUUUUUGGUAUAUAUAUAUAUAUAUAAAAUAAUAGACUGUGUGUAUCGGAAAUGCUAUGAUAGGUAUUUUGUGUUUAUUCAAAUGCAAUGAUAGUUUCUUGUAUGAAUGUGCAAGAGGCCUCUGACCGAAUGCUAACUUUAUAUUGUAAUAUAAAAUUAUAAAAGUAGGAAUGCAGUGAUUCCUAGUUUUCUUCUAAAUUACUCAGAUUUGAUUCAUAGCAGAUAUUCUGUUGCUUUUGUUUUUAAAUGGGCUCAUUACACAUGUAUUAAUUGUCAUUGGUGAAGGAACUGUUAUACUUUUUUGAAUGUUAUUGUGAUGAAAAGGCAGUCCUGUUCUCAGAAAAUAUUUAUGAAUUAAUUUGCUAUAGAAUUAUCUUUCUAAUUAUUGUAAUUGGGUUACCAUUUAAGCUUUUCUUUUAAAAUGUUAUAUAUUUUAAGAAUAUUAUUACUCUAUAAAGGAAAAUUGCUUACUAUAUUUACACCUUUUCUUGAAAAGCUUUCAUCCUUAAAUUGUUGUAUUCCUACACUCUGAAGACAUUUUAAAAAAGUUUUGUGCCUGCAGUAGAGCCUGCAGAAGCUAAUACAAGGAACACUUGUCUUUUGACAAAAUACUUGUGUAAAUUUUGAUACUGUAUUAAAACUAUUUUUUUAAAGUUCUAAAGUUAAAAUUGAGUAUCAAGUAUAUGUGUUCAUCUUAGCAAUGGUAAUAAAUUAUUUAAUCCCAGUGUUUUUUUCCUUCAAAA